UUUUACUUUGUCAAAAAGAAAGUUAUGACAGAAGCCAUUUGCCAAAGUCUCAAAUCAAAGAAACCAACAACAACUAUCUUCCAAUUCCAUUUGACACUUGUAGUGAUCUGUUCUUCAUUUCCCCAAUAAAACAACCACCCAAAUGUCAUCAUUCAAGUCCCGGCCUUUCUCCUCUUCUCCUGUAAUGGUUUAGGUUUGCUUUUUUGUUUCACCCUUUCUCUCUUGUUGAGCGACACACACUCUUGUGCUUGGUAGGUUGUGCCGUUGAGGUAAAUGGGCCCUAAACUCCACUGAAGAUUUAAUGUUUGAAAAGAAGGGUCUCCAUCUCCUCCUCUUGCAGUGCUCCCUUUGCCCCCAUUUUCAUGCUGUCUCGCAUUUGGAUCUUUUCGGUUCUUUCAUCAGAAGAUAAGAUUUUGGUUUCUUUUUUCUGCUCUCCAUGAAGGUCACGAUAGAUUCUCUUCUGGGUUUUGAUGAUAAUUUAAUAAUGGUUUGGCUUUGAGGGAUUUGCUAUCACGAAUUAUCCAGUUUUUAAGAUGGUUUACUAUUAGUUAUCUUUAGCUGGGUUAUUUGCUUUGAAGGUGGAAUUUCGAAGCUUGAGAGCUAAUCUCUCCUGAAAUUCAAUUGCUUUGAAACAUUUGUGAAAAAGAUUGUAAUAUUGAAGUUGGGUUCUAGAUGUGGACUGGUGGUGCUGAUCAGGCGUAUGCAUUUGGGAUUUGCUUGUUUCUAAUGCAGGGGAUAAAUGAUUGAAACACGGGUUCUUUGAUUUUGGCGGCGGGAUUUCUAUAAAUCAGGUGUUGUUUAAUCCUUGAAGUCGAAACUAUGGAUAGAGCGAUACAACCGCCUCUGGUUGAUACCACAGCUUGUCUAUGUAGAGUAGAUGCAGGCCUCAAAACGGUUGUCAGUGCAAAAAAAUAUGUCCCUGGAUCUAAGCUCUGCCUUCAACCAGACAUUAAACCAUCCAUUCAUCCUACUAGGAGCAAGCCAUUACGUGGUGACAGGAGCAGAAACCAAUCUCCUCUGCUUCCAGGACUCCCUGAUGAUCUUGCUAUUGCUUGCCUGAUCAGGGUCCCAAGGGUAGAGCAUCGUAAGCUUCGGCUAGUGUGCAAAAGAUGGUAUCGUCUUUUGGUUGGAAACUUCUUCUACUCACUUCGGAAAAGACUUGGAAUUGCUGAAGAAUGGAUAUAUGUCAUCAAGAGAGACCGAGAUGGAAAAAUCUCAUGGCAUGCAUUUGACCCAGUAUACCAACUCUGGCAGCCCCUUCCUCCUGUUCCAAAGGAAUACUCUGAAGCCCUUGGAUUUGGUUGUGCUGUCCUCAGUGGCUGUAACCUCUACUUGUUUGGUGGUAAAGACCCUCUUAAAGGAUCAAUGAGAAGAGUCAUAUUUUAUAGUGCUAGGACAAAUAAGUGGCACCGUGCCCCAGACAUGCUUCGUCGGCGGCAUUUUUUUGGUUCAUGUGUGAUAAACAACUGUUUAUAUGUAGCCGGUGGGGAAAAUGAAGGGGGGCAUCGAUCCUUGAAAUCAGCUGAAGUAUAUGAUCCUAACAAGAAUAGAUGGUCGUUCAUUUCAGAUAUGAGCACAGCAAUGGUGCCCUUUAUUGGGGUUGUUUAUGAGGGAAAGUGGUUCCUGAAGGGGCUGGGAUCUCGCCGACAGGUUCUAAGUGAAGUAUACCAACCAGAAACUGAUAGCUGGUACCCUGUUUAUGAUGGCAUGGUUGCAGGCUGGAGAAACCCAAGUGCUUCCUUAAACGGACGCCUCUAUGCUUUGGACUGUAAGGAUGGCUGCCAACUUAGGGUUUAUGAUGAUGUGACUAAUUCUUGGAGCAAGCAUAUUGACAGCAAGAUGCAUUUGGGGAAUUCUCGCGCAUUGGAGGCUGCUGCACUUGUUCCACUUAAUGGGAAACUCUGCAUCAUCAGGAAUAAUAUGAGCAUAUCUUUGGUUGAUGUGUCAAAAUCUGACGAUUUGAGGGGUGCUACUGCUGAGCAUUUAUGGGAAACCAUAUCAGGCAAAGGGCCAUUCAAGACUUUGGUCACAAAUCUCUGGUCAAGCCUAGCAGGCAGGAACCGACUGAAAAGUCAUAUAGUUCACUGCCAGGUUCUUCAAGCAUAAAGAACUGAUAAUGAAUCAAAACCAGCGGUGGUUAUUUUGGCUUCUAAUAUCUCUUGAUAUGUUGCCAUAUUCAUGGAAGGACAAUUUCAGAAGCAAGUUUAGCUGGCGAAAUCAGAACUCACAAACCCAUUUUAGUCAUUUCUUGUUGGAGUAUCCUUAUACCAGGAGGGGUGCUGUAUGGGUAAGGAUGUUUGUUUUGCCAGAAUUUGGUUUUACAAGUAUAUGUAAGAUACACAGUAGUUACCAGUAAAAAAUCGAAGAGCAAAUUACCCAACUGACUUCGUCUUCUUGUCACAAUAUGGCUGCAACAUUGCCAGUCAAGUGCAGCAUGUAUGACACAUAAGCAGGUCAGUUGGUUAUUGAUCUUUCUCGACAAAUCCAACUUGGGUUUUUGUACUUUUAAUGCUACAGUUUUACUAGAUGUUCAACAGUUCAUAGCCAAUUUCGAAUGAGCAAUACAAGUUUUAGCCUUUCCAA